GUUCGUUGCGCUAGUUUAGUUCAGUGCGGCAAAGUAGGCAAGCUAGGUAGCCAGGCAAGUCAGGCAGGCUAGGUAAAUCGAACCCGAAGCUCAAGUGCGUAGCCAAGCCCACCCAAACUGUCCCGGCCCAACUGAACCAACCCAAGCCCACCCAACGAGACAACCCAAACACAGCGGGUGGACCUAAAGCCAGUGCCCUCAAAAGGGCGCGGGGAGUGAGCUAGCCUGACUAAACUAGCCGCGCAAGGCUGACUUAGCUGGGCUCGCCUUAACAUGCCAAGUAGCCUGGCGAUGGAGCUAGACCAGCUGAACGACCCUGGCGGAACUAGGCCGGCGAUCCUAUACUGAUCACACUAACAAAGCCAACGAAACUAGCCCAGCGGAGCUAGCCGAACUGACUUGACAGACCCAGCCCGGCUAACCCACCUCGGCUAGCCUACUAGCCGGACUGGCCUAACCCGGCUGACCCAACUAAAGCAACCAAACUAGACCCGCCCGAUUUUACUGCGCUCACCUUGCUGGAGGUUUCGCGCAGGCCCACUACUGUGGCUGAGAGUGAUAGUUCCACAAUUCGCCGCAAGUUCGAAAAGGGAAGAGCGCCAUGGCAGCCUGACGGCCGCGCCGUGGUCUUCUGGCGCCACGAUGAGAACUAUUCGUAUUGCUCUUGCGCUACAACUUGUCUUGUAGAUGUUACACUUGCUCUCUUCAGUCGGUUGAAAUUGCAACACGGUUCAGAGGCAAGCUUGUUAGUGUAGUUGAACGGUUGGAACGCACGACUAGAGAUACUUGUUCUUAAAUAGAGUAGCAAAACGCAAAAGUAGAAGGUAUUACUGACCCCUUUGAAAUCUUGGGAGACGAGACUUUCUAUGUUGUAAUGAUAGUCAAAAAACGCAACUAAAAACUUAAGAGAUUUGUCUCCAAGAACCCAUUGAAAGGUGUUUCGUAAAGACGUACAGACGUGUCAAGAACGUCGUCGCUGAAGACUAGCAAGAAUAAAGAUGCAGUGUUCAUUCUCUUCCUCGCUUUCGUCGACUCCAGUGUUUUCGUCUCGUGAUUUCCGGUUUCGUUUUCGCAUUUUUAUCGAGUUUCGUCUUCGCAAGAAAUAGAGCGAGAGUAAGAGUGUUGAGGGUGAAAUUGUUGAAAGAUCUGAGUGCGUCGCUCGAGUCUGAAGUGCUGCAAUAAGCAGAUGACUUUGGCUCGAGUGUUAAUUUUUUCGUUCGUUGACUUUUUUCGUUCGUUGCUGUAGUAGGAUGUGUUUUCGAUAUUUUUCCUGUUGUUGAAUUGUGGUUGAGCAAAGAUUUUUUGUGUAAUAUAAGUUUCCUGGAGUAGAACUCUGGUUGUACUAUCCUAAGGGGCUCUGGUGCUAGUAUCCACCUUAGGCACAACAAGCAUUCAUCAACUCAUUUGUACCCUUUAAAUUUGACAUUUACUAUCAUAAUUUUCAUCACCGUUCGAGUGCAAAUAAGAUAGUAGUCCAUAAGCAUCAAAGUCGUCAGCUAUUCUCGAAAGCUAUGAGCAUCCAAAAUCAACAUUUUGUUUAUACAUAGGAAAAAGAGAGAAGAAUUGCGUGACAGGUUUUGCACAAAUUUUGUUUGACUACGACGUACAGGAGUUUUUGAACUACCACGACCAAAAGACGAUUUUCUUGAACUACGACCGAAAUUGCAUAAAAACAACCACCGAAAUUGCAUACAACAAACAACCCGAGCUGCAGAAAAGGUGGACACGUCUGGACAAGAACUACAACUCCGCAAGACAACCAAACAUCUUCGAAGGAAGGAACAACAACUUCAGUCUACAGUAAGCAUUAGGACUACUAGAACUCGUUCACAACAUCUUCACAACCAUCAAAAUGUUAUCUCAAUAUGAGAAGAUGAUGCAUUUAUUGUCGAAACGUCUGAAAAAGUGGUGGCCGCGUAAGGAUGAAGACGCUGACUGGCAAAAUGCUGAGAUGUCCGAUGAUUCCGAUUGGGAACAAAUUGAUGAUGGGGAUGAGGUAACACGACUAAGACUAAACUGUAAUGAAAUUUUGUAGGUGGUGAGACUAAGUCUACAACACUGUAAAGAAAUCGUAGGUAAAGCAAAAAAUUAACCAGGGAAGAAUGACUCUGGGUAGCUGGCAAUCAUUUUUUUUUGAAUUUCCCACAAACAGGAAUUGGACAUGCAGCCGGAGGCUCCGAGUCGUACGGCACGUGGUUUCACAGUGUUGGUUUUGGGCACCCUAUGCGCCUACACGAUCGUGGCUUUUAUCUGCUGCUGCAGUGCGCUGAUGGAUUUCUUUGCUGCGGACGUUGCGGAAAAUACUUACGAUGACUGACGCUUAUACUCCUAGUCGUAACUACUACUCGACAGGAAAGCGUGACACCACUCUAUUAUUUGUAGUUGUAGUCACGCUCCACUCUGCAACGCUCCUGUUACCCCUUUCGUGUUUUUACCCUCCACACCCCCUUCCUCCUUCAUACUACGAUCAUCCACACGACCGCCGCACCCAAAGCCGCCACUACCGCAACUGUGAUCGACUCGUCUCUGCCGUUUCAGAGAAAAUAUUUGGAAGCUGCGUUGUUGGACUUGGAUCGCUCUGCGCAUCCGUCUAAAGUCGUCCGCAAAUUCACCGGAAUCGCCAAUGCUUCAGAAGCAGCGGGGAUGAUGGGACGAGGUAUUCUUGGCUUUUCACGUCAUUUUCGGAGGUGAUGAAAAAUAUUGAUGAUUUUGUUCCCUGUCAAGAGCAACCCUACUACUUCAAGUUCUUGCAUAUUAUACGCUGACACCUGCGUUCAAACGACGAGAUCAAAAAGGGAUAAAAACUGAAACCUCUUGAUACUCGCUUCUCGAUAUUAUACGCUGACACAAAGAUUCUCUGCGCUCCUUCAUCCGGCAAUUGAUUGUCCGCUACAAUGGUGCCGAAGGCAGAAACGCGACCGAAUCUACGUCUACGUCGGUCCACGAUGCUUCGACGCUUGCCUUGAUGGUUGUUGAUGACAGGGAAGCCUCCUUCUCCUACGUUAAUAUUAAGGUGGAACAUGUACUAGUAUAUAAUCGAUUUCACGGUCUCUACACGAAGCCGCUGAUCAAAUUAUUCAAUACUCUUUUUGAAUAUGAGAAAAUGGACUAGUAUUGCUCUAGCCUAGUAAAGCAGUCUACUAGUCUCAUGUUGUGAAUAAAUCAGCGAAAGCCUCUAAUCCGAGCUACACGAACUUCCGCUUGCAACAGGCCAUGGUCGAUGCUUAUGUGUCCCGCGUGACCCGCAACCCCUACUCCAUGGUCGCUCAGCGUCGUGCCAUGGACUUGCUGCCUGCGACAGCUUUCGAAAUUCACGCUCCGACGACGAAGCUUGAAUUUCGAAAGUUUGGGCCUGCGGAGAUGAACCCAGUGGCGAAUGAAACGCGUGUUCCAGUUACUCCGUUUGUCCGGACCCCUCGUGCGAUCGUGGAGACUCCUCGUGCCCCGGUCCGAGUUUCGUCGUCCUUGUCUUAAGAAUUGUGGUGGUUGUAAGUAGUCGUGUGGGUUGGACUUUUGUAGAUGGUUAGAGGCUGAUGGAGGAUGGAUAGAUUCAUCGAUAUGGUGAAGGAUCCGGAUGAACUAGGCACAUUGUUGAGAUCUCUCUUUUGACUUAUAUGGUUAUCAAGAUCUUGCUUUCGCUGUUAGUUAGCUUAAACACCUCUCUGAAGAUGGACCACUUUCUCAACAAUAGAUUACUAUUCCUUAAAUUUCUAAUCCCUCGCAGUGAUGGCCAGCUCGAACAGCCGUUUGAGCAUGAACAAGCGCAGAUUCUCUACCCGUUUCCCACGUUGGUUCUUCACUUCCUUCGGAGGCCGUGCUCGCUUUCCCGCUUGGAACUUGACGACUCCCACUCUGACUAGCACUACUACGGGAUACGUUCGUCGCAAUGCCUUUCUGUCCGCAACCGCACCGAUGAUGACUCCUCGUCGCAGCAGCAUGCUGAGCACCACGACUAGUGCCUCUGUCCAGGCACAUGCGAAUGGAAGUGUUUUAUGUUGGCUUGUGUUGUUUCAUUCCGUGGUUGGCGAAGUGAGUCGAGCUAAAGUGAUGCUUUCACUUUUCAGUCUACAAGGUGUUGUAAAUGAUAGGGACUACAUCAUUCUCAGUAUUCAAGAAUCAACUUUUAGGCUGCAUCGGUGUCUAUCGUUAGGCUGCUUCGACUUCUACGUCUAUUAGGCCCAAGGGUAUUACUAAGGCUACUACUUAGCCAAUUCAGAUAGGCUUCUAUCGUUAGACUAACACUUAGGUCCAAGGGUAUUGUCAAACGGCAUCGACAUCCAUAUCAAUGAGAGACUGUGCUCUACAUCUAAGUUUCCCAGCAUCCAUGCCUUCUGUGUUGUCCAGCACUAGAACUCGCAGCUUCGCAGAAUAUUUGCGUACCCGCAAAGUCGCCGCGGCCUAUAACUAUACUCAGGGGCUCGCUUUGAAAUCCGGUUGGUUCCAGCAUCGUCGUACUCUGUUGAAGCCGUUGGAGAUUCCCGCUUGUUAUGGCAUACUAGAGUCUAGUUUUGUGUUCCGUGCUGCUUGUUAGAAUUUUGUUCGUUGUGGUUUUCGUAUUAUGAGUGACACUGCCACGUGCCACCCUACGUCAACAGAAGUGUCAAAAACAAAAAUAGUAGUCCCAUCAAAUAAGUUCGAUUUCUAUUCCAUACAAGAAGUGGCUCAUACUCUUCGUCUUCUUCUAACUCCCGUUAUCCAUGUCGACGCGUGCAGUCCCGCGAUCCUGGUCUAUGCCGCGUGCUUGGUCGUCUAUUUUCUCGACUCACACCCGUUCUACGACUACCUCUGCCGCAACCUUGGCCUCGUUUGCAGAAUCGAUCAUGCCGACACUUCUUACGGAAAAGAUUUGCGUAGUUGUUGCUUUGCACAACGCUCGAAUAGAUUGUAGUUGUGAUGAUAGGAGGAUAAGUAGAUUGUCAUGAAGAUCAUGAUCAGAGAUUGUCAUGAAGAUCAUGAUCGGAGAUUGUCAUGAAGAUCAUGAUCGGAGAUUGUCAUGAAGAUCAUGAUCGGAGAUUGUCAUGAUCAUGAUAGAAGAUUGUCAUGCUCAUGAUAGGAGAUAGUGGGUCUUGCCGUAUCGACGUACUCUGAUUUUUUAGAUACCAUGCACCAUUUCUAAUCUGCGCCAAACCGUCGGAGAACAUCUGAAUCUCGCACCCAUGUACAACAAGUCCUGCCUUGGAGACAUCAUGAACACGUUGCGCCGCAAGGUGCGUGUCCGAUCUGUGCGCAGUCGUGCUUGGUCCAUCAGCAGUACCCCGAGUGACAUGUUCGUCGUCGAUCAUGACAUGGAGGAGCAACAGCUUUCGCCGUGGAAGAUUGAAACGCUUAAGGCCACGAGUGUUGACGAGAAUGAUUAAAUAGUAUUACACAUUAUAUAGUACAGUUUAUAAUCUUACACACAACUACACAUCAUUGUAGUACAGUUUAUAAUCUUCCUACACCCAGUAAGAGGAAGCAUAAGGAGGAAAGCUUCUCUUACACACAGUAAGAACGAGCAUAAAGAGGAAAGCUUCUCAAAGAGUUUCGAUAGUAAACCGUCUUCUUAGCCCGCUCCUCAGAUAGAAUCUAAUAACCGCUCUGAGGAGCGGGCUAAGAAGACUGUAUGCAGAAAUAAGCCCUUCUAGUACAAGGCCAUCCUACGACGGCCCCUGAGCCGAAUGAUGAAGUGAGUACUCCACAUCAAUAUAGAAGUACAGUCUCAUCUCUAUAUCUUACACACAACGCAUCAUUGUAGUAUGUGUAGCCGUAGUGUAGUUUCGAUAGUACCGCUCCGAAAACGGUUUUCUUAGCCCGCUCCUCAGAUAGAAUCUAAUAACCGCUCUGAGGAGCGCGCUAAGAAGACUGUUGAGGAGACGGAAAUCAGAGCCAACCGCUCUACGGUGCAAGAAAAGCAGCUCUUCAUGGGUGCUUUGAUCGCUAUCCCCGCACGCACUGCUAGGAAAGAACGGGUACUUAUUUAUUUGACGCGAAUGUAUGAAGAUUUAACUUUUCUGGAAACCUUUUAUUUCAGAACGUUGAUGAUGAAUAAGGCCAGCAAAUAAACAUCAAGGGUCAAAGUCGGGUGGAUUCCCGCUGGUACUGCAGGCACAGUCACUACCUCCUUUUCUGGCUUCGGCUGGUUAGGUGGUAGUAGCGUCUGAUCAAUUCCUAACCGACAUGGUUCGACCUGUGCUGUUAGCGUCUUGGCUUCGGUCAUUUUCACUAUCAGAACUUAUCUCUAGUAGGCGCCCCCUCAGGUUUUAUGCGCCCCCAGUAUGUAACUUGGAUCUUAUAUAGGUUAACUAAUUGAUUGAAAGGGCGGUGGCAUAUAGUCCUAACGCAAAAAAAAAAACUAGUAGGGCGUCAUACCCCUGCAGGUGUGCUGACUUGCUCAUGGGGCCCCGCUGCGUCGGGUUGCGCCUUAGGUUUUCUACAGGGGCCGAAUGUGCGGCUCCUCCGAUAUUCGUAGAUUUGUGCGGUCUUAUGCGCCCCCAGUAUGUAAUUUGGAUUUUAUAUAGGUUAGCUAAUUGAUUGAAAGGGUGGUGGCAUAUAGUCCUAACGCAAAAAAAAAGGGGGGCUAGGAACAGCAUCAUCAGGGACACACACAUGACAAUUGUUUUUUCACUCAGCACCACUCUGCAAUUAAUUUUUUUCAUACAGUCAAUCACUGCCACUAGCACUACACGUCAUCUCCUUUUGUUUCCCCAGCAAUUCAUUGUUUCAACCUCCUACUACGUACAGGCUUACCGCGGUUUAUCCCCCUUCCGUAUGGUGGUGCACCACGCUUUGUUGCCACCCCGUAAGGAGUACCAAUUGGUCGUCGUCCCGCAAGGAUUUACCGCCGCACGCUUCUUCAGAAAAAACGUUUAUGGAUAGUCGUAGUAUUUUCAUAGGUCUCGUAGAAUUUAUAUCGCUGCGUUGACGUACGCAGCACAGAUGAAGAAGUCUGUAACGCAGAAGGCAAUUCUGUGUACAAGUAUACUAGCACUCUGAUAUAUCCCCCACUUCUCGAACGCAAAUCAGAUACUCCUACGACUCCAAUGUGUUUUUAGGCACCUCCUACAACCCAAAAACAAAAUCACAGUUCUAAGAAAACCAGCCGAAGCUCCCGCGAAGGGCUAAUGUGAAUCCCUUGACCUUGGUGCAGCAAAAGCAGAUGUCCUUGUACAUGGAAGUUGUGAACCCCCGUCGCCCCUACCUCCUCACCGGCUAUGGAUUCGGCAGCGCAGGUGGCGCAGUGACCGGAAACUUCACUCUUUUGGUCGAUGAACGAGCACAUUUAUGAUGACGUGAGAUCAGAGACUUUUUAUAAGCAUAGAGUGAGGUGGUGUACGAGUGAAGCUUGAGUCUUUAGUUAAAUAGAGUUUUGAGGAACGUUUUUUAGCUGGUCGGAAAAGAACGUUGCGUGGUUGAACGAGGAAGGAAAAUUGAGUCACCACUAGUACCUAUACGACGUGGCAGCUUGUUCACGACUAGUACCUAUACACGAGUCACCACUAGUACCUAUACGACGUGGCAGCUUGUUCACGACUAGUACCUAUACACUUUCAUGUGCCAGCAUCCUAUCCUACAAUGGCGCGCCGAGUGGAGCGAAGACCUUGCCUUCAGCUCUGCGUAGUGCGAUUUCGGCUUUUGUGCAGACCUUCCGUGGCGUGUUGGCUGAUGGAAACGUGGUCGCUACUUUGGAUAAGCAGGUACCGACGUGUAUCUGAUAGUUCUUUCAUGGAGCAGUAUACAUUAGAGUGGUCGAAAAGAAGUUCUUUACAGGGUUUACACUCGAAAAGAAGUUCUUUACAGGGUUUACACUACGAAGUACUCGUAUCACCCUCCAGGAAGAAUGUCCUUCGGUGGAGCAGGAAUUUUUGGACGAGUUGUGGGAGGAGAGGGAUAGCCGUUUCCUACUGCCGGCGCCGGCCACCCGCUUGUGCUCCCGUUUGGUCAACUUCGUGGCUGGAAACAGCACCUCUACCGCAGUGAUGCCGGUACGUACAUUGAAUCAUGAACCGAAACAGCACCUCGACCGCAGUUGAUUGAAUCAUGAACCUUGAAUCAUGAACCGAAACAGCACCUCGACCGCAGAUGAUUGAAUCAUGAACCUUGAAUACCUCAAACGUCCUCAGGUAAAUGCUGGUCCUUGAAUCAAGAACCAACGAAAUCUGCUCGUCUACUUAGGUAUGUAAGAGAUCAUCAAACACUUCUAAUGUUUUCAAUACCUCAAACGUCCUCAGGCAAAUCCUGGUCCUCCCCGCAAUUUGUUUUUUCAAUACCUCAAACGUCCUCAGGUAAAUGCUGGUCCUCCCCGCAAUUUGGCUAAGGCAAAAGCGGCUUAUCGUGCUCUCUUGAAAGCAGAAGCGGCGAAGAAAGCUCGAGCGGAAGGUACUCCUUUUCACUUUGUGAUUGUCGUUUGCUCAAAAGGAACCAGAUUCUUUUUUUGUCUACGGUCUACCCGCUUUUUUUUGUCUACGGUCUACCCGCUUAUUUGUGAUAAGUAAGCAACAACAUGCGUCACCAUCAGCUUUGGAGAAGAAGCAGCGCCAAUUGGCUGUCGCUGGCAGAGUGAUGGGCGUGCCGAGUUACAGCGAUAUUGCCCGCGUCUGUUAAGGCUCAAGAAUUAUACAAUUCAUUUUUACAGCAGCCCGUUUGUACUUCUGCUCCCUGUUUCCUUCCUAGGACAUCACUUUGGAGAACCAUAAUUUGGAGAGAAGAUGAAAUGAAUUCUUUCGGGCUCCUCUAAGGUUGGAAGCAGAGUGCUCUGAUCCGCCCUCAGGCUUUCACGCCGAAAAAUGGAGGCCUCGUGAAAGCGAAUGAGGAGGUCUGCCCAAACGAGGAGGUGACUAGUAUGCGCGCUCGCGUGAUCGUGUAAUAAAAAAUUUAGAACUUGUAGUUUUUGUGAAGAAGGAAGAAGAAGACCUCCUUUGAAGGAAGAAGAAGGAGGUCUUCAUAGUAUAACGAAGACUUUUGGUCUUCAUAGUACGCUGACUUUUGUUAAAGUCAAGAUACAGUGAAGAUACUGAACAAUGGUGUUAGAAUAGCUAAGUCUAGUACUUACUGCUGUCAGAUAAGAAUAAGUAUCUACUGCUAAAGGGGUUUCGAAAUCUCAAGAACUGAAAACUAGUAGAGUUUUUUAAAGAACCGAAGUCUGUUGAGAUCGGCGAGCGAGUGGAGGCUGCUUUUUCAGAACUUAAGAUCUUCAAGUUGUUUGAAUGUUCUUUCAGAUGUUGUCCUAGCAAGAGGGUCAGUGUACAUUGUCUAAGCAAAAAAGCAGUUGUUAAGUGUGCUGGUGGAAUCGUUUCAUGCAAUCUUACUUUUUAAGCUGUUGAGAAGGUCGAGGCAGUACUACACGUAUAUGCCAUGUCGCGGGUAGUACUAUGAUUGAGGCAGUAUUUUUGUGUAAGUUAAAAAGAGAAGAUGUUGUACUUAGUUGAUGAUACGGGUUUACUAGGGUGAUGCUCGUUGUGCAAUUUUGAACCUGCUGCCAGUGCAUGAGGCGCGGAGUACAUGCGUUGGCUUGCACAAGAAUCAUUUAAAGUAGACCUCCGCCUGUUUUGUCAUCGUGUUAGGACUAGGAAGACUACAUAUGAACUAGACUACUACGAACAUCGAAAAAACACGAAGGAAGCUAGCACCUGUUCAUAACUCAGAUGAUUUACUCUGGAGUCCUAAACUACACAUCUGGAUUCUCACAUCCGUACAUCUGGAUUCUCACAUCUUCAUCUUGAGUGAGGAAUGGGAGUUGUAUGUAGUCAAAGCAGAAUUAUCAGGAGGGUUUAAUGUGCAAAGCCUGUCGCUCAGGUGGAACUACGCGCAAUAUCUACUUGAAUGUAAAAGACUACAUCUUUUCCUUGCAACCCAUAAUUCGUUAAUUAAUCAAUAGUAGUGGAACAAGUAUUAAUGUAUGUCGUGGUCGUGUUUCUGUUUUCACAUAAGAGAUAUAGAUAAGUCAUGAGAUUCAAAAAUGAAAUCUUCAUCAGUAGCUGAGCCUUGAUACAUUUCUGUCUUAUAAACAAUAGUUGAAGAACAAGCAAGCCAUGCUCCACCUGAUGACGUGUGUACUUUUGUCGAUGGCAGAAAAAAGACACGUUGUCUGGCAGGGCGUAAGGCAGGGGAACAAAAUGCAAAUUGCAAGAAGCUAUUGUAUCGUGUGUAUCAACAAUAGUAGUAAUAUAGGAGAACAAGUAGUAUCUGUACCACAAUGAUUGAUCUCAUCUCUUCUUCUUAUUAACGAAAGAUUGUAGUCUGAUAAAUGUUCAAGCAGUUAGAAAAUUUUGAUUUUGAUAUUUUGAUAAUCUGUCUGUGACUGAUGUUGUUUAGACCUUGAUGCAUUUUCUUAUACCUAAAAAGUAUGUUGAUAUGUCCCUCUGCUUAUUCGAGUUCGGUAGUCGUGUAAGCAACAACUAAGUAAUAUAGCGUUUCGAUCAUUUCACAGAAAAACUAUGAUGUUGGUUUAGAGAUGAAUGUUUCGCUUCUUCAGCGUGUCUAAAAAGAGAGAGACUCUGGACUGGUAUGUCGAUUGCCUAUCGUGUGGUGAAGUGUACUACAUACCAACCUGCUAAGAAGUUUUUGUAAGUAUGAAGAUGAUCAUGAUCAUGUCAUACCAACUAAAAAGCGUUGUCAGUGGAUUUUCUUACCUAGGAACAACAGAAGGCCUUUUGUGGUUUCCAAAGUAGGAUGUCCCUGCUGAACAGAUGAGUCAAAAUGAACAGAAUUAUUAUCACAGUUAUUAUGUAUGAAUGAUCUACCUAAAAAUGUAAAUGUCCACCUGCUCUUCACGAUUAUACCAUCGAUUUUCAUAAUUUUUGAGCUGGUGUAUGAGAGGUCACCCUGUGGAUGGCGAAGCAACACCUAAACUAACCUAGUAGGCUUGUGGUGCAUCAGAGUUGACUAGUCGGCGAUCGAACCAUCCUGCCAAGUAUCUAGCGCUGUAGCGGUCGCUCCAUCCUCCAUCUAGCGGGUGGUUUCUGACGUAAAAAUAUGAAAGCGUGAUGAACUAUCUCAUAAUCUUUUUCUUUGUCUACUGAGCCUGAGAUGAAGGGGUGGCUUGUUCUCCUUCAUGUUUAUCAUGAUGAGAAAGUGGCGCGUUUACUAUCGUGACAAGUAGUCAAGAAGAAGAGCAAUUUUGUGUUUCGACGUAACAAUCCUCCUGAGCUAACAUUCUUACUUAAUACUGAAACGAAGAAAUACCAAGGGAUGCAGCUGAAUCUACUGGUGCUCCGAGUAUGCCUGGUGCUCCCAGUAUUUCUGGUUCUCCCAGUGCCACAUUUUGACCACAUCGACAGGAUACGUAAUAACAGGUUGUCAUUUCUUGCCACUCUCGUGAAUCUGAAAAAAAGCUUUCGUCCAAGUGAUGGUCUCGAAAAGACGAAGGAUGGAGGUGGUGUGUUUUUCUAAAGCGUGC